UUGGGCAGUGCAUUUAUUGCAGCAUAUAAUCAAAAACCAAAUUGGUCGCACUCUAGAGCCCUGUGUUUGCUCAGUUUUUGUGGGAGAUAGUUUUCAGGCUUCGAGUAGCGCCAUAGUUUUAUGCCAACAUUUCACGAUCUCAACAUAGUUUUAGGUGUAUUUGACUGAAUAUUCAUAUACAAGCAUUUUUAACACUGUAGUAUUUGCUUGCAAACAAUAAAUUUCAGUGAGCUAAAACAGGUUAUUAUGCUAUCACCGAGCAACGUGCCUAUGCCUUUCACACAGCUUUGUCUCACAGCCUCCACACCAUCACCACGAAUAUUUGGGGGAUGGUGUCCUGACACAGCAAGGCACAGAAACUUUAAGGUGUGAGGUUAACCUAGAGGAAAACAUGUCCAUAAAUUCUGGUGUGUUUGUGUUAUUUUUCUGCUCUUAUCAUUACAGGGAGAAGCCUGCUGCAGAAGACAAAGCAUGAGUAGGGCACCGGACCAAAGACUAAUAGCGAAGCCGAGUUUAAACCACGGCUCCUCCCCAACUUUUUAAAACCAAUCACAUUCACGCCUUGUCUCUACCAUACUAUAAAAAUGCUGUUCAGUAGGGAGUGGGAUCCUGUCUUUGUCUGCUGGACCAGGAGAGGUCAUUGCCACCAUUGACUUGCACUUACACCCGCUUAAUAAAUUUGGAAAACUUAUCACGACACAAGCCCGCUUCUCCACGCAUUCAGUCACACAUGCCCGGCUCAAAAUCCUGCAUCCUCAGCCCAGCAGAAAUCAUUCAUUUUUUUGAUCUAAUUACAGUUGCUUACAUAUUUAUUUAUCAAUCACAUCUAUGUAGUUUUGGCUCAUUUUAUAGCAGCCUUUCUGACAAACCAGCUAGAUGUGGUGCAGUAGUGGUUUUACUUUCAUUUGUGUGGGGUCAAAAUAAUGCCCUUGUUCUAGGUAAAACUGGUCAUAAAAAAGUCAUUUAAUUUAACAGAGAUACAAGGAUUUCUAAAAUCUCUGGUGGUCAAAAUAACCAACUAUUUUAUGUGAGUCCAAGAAUAGAAACAAUAAUUUUUAAAUUAGUAAUGACAGGACCACUUUAAUGUUAUUGCCGCACAGCGUCAAACCUUAAACAAAGUGAACAGAAUGAGCUUUAUUACUUUCUUUCUCUAAAAGGAAACUUAAGCAAAUCUUCAAAGAAAGCAUGACCCAUUUUGAGUCCACAACGUUGCACAACCAAGGAUGUCUGUGGUUUCUCAUUUUUCAAGCGCUAAACAUGACAGCGAUGAGCAUGUUUCCUUUACAGGACAUUACGCGUAUUCUGUGGUUGGCCGGUCACAUGAAAUUUCGUCUUUGAAGAGCAGAAAAAUUAUUUUACCAUAAUGACACAUUUAAUAUUUGUAGUUUAUCUGAUACGUGUGUGCGUAGGAAUAACAGCUCAGGGAGCUGAACUGCACUCAUCUCUUCAUCAAGAGACUGAUUUUGUUUCUGCUGACAUUGGUGACGAAGUAACUCUGCACUGUUCCUACGAAGGUGAAGCUGCAAGACUUUACUGGUACAAACAAACUCUGGGACAAAAACCAAGGCUCAUCUCUACCUACUACAGAUAUGAGGGAAAUGGCAUAUUUUAUAAUGAAUUCAAAAGUAAUCCACGCUUUACGUUAGUUACUGGCAUCAGUAAAAAUCACUUGAAAAUAACAGACCUGUGUGUCUCAGAUUCAGCUAUUUACUACUGCGCAACAAGCUUUACUUUUAUUUUAGAGUUUACCAAAGAAACAUAUCUCAAUGUAAAAGGUUCCAGUUUGGACAUCCAGACUUUUGUCCUACAAUCAGUAUCUGAGCCCAUCCAGCCAGGAGGCUCUGUGACUCUGAACUGUUCAGUCCACACUGGAACCUGUGAGGAAGACCACAAGGUCUACUGGUUCAAAGACUCUGAAGAAUCUCAUCCAGGGCUCAUUUACACCCAUGGAGGCAGGAAUGAUCAGUGCAAGAAGAAAUCACAGGCACAAGCACACACCUGUGUGUACAGCCUGCCAAUGAAGAACUUGAAUGUCUCUCAUGUUGGGUCCUACUACUGCGCUGUUGCUUUGUGUGGACGUUUACUGUUUGGUAAUGGGACCAAGCUGAAUGUUGAGGAUGAAGGGGACACCCUUCUCUUGUUGUAUUUCUGGAGGGGGGUUUCAGCUUUCACCAGCAUCCUGAGUGUUUUACUGGCUUCCUUAAUGUGCGUGAUGAGCAAGAAAAACAGCAGCACAUACACAGAUUCUCCAGCAAAAAACUCCCCCUUUUUCAAAGCAAAUGGUGACCAAGAAGGAGGCUACCUGUAUUUCAAACCUUUGAGGGACAUGAAGAUGAACAGAUCAGAAAUGCAGAUGGACAACACCUGGAGUAAAUGUGUCUAUUCUGGUGUAAAGCACUUUGAUGGCAGGGGGCUGCCAGGGGACUUCAAUCUCUCUCUACGCCACGUUACUCGACAGAGCCAAUCAUGUGUGGACUGCUGUACUGAAGAAGGAGACAAGAUGAAGAUGUCCUUUGUGAAUGUUUUCCUGCUCUGCUCUUUGUGUGCAGCACAGUUAAGUGAAGUCUCUCAGCCUGACUCUUUGAAAACAGUGAAGAUUGGCCACUCAGCUACUAUUAAAUGCUUCAUAAAGAGCGCAUCAACAAAAACUGUGUGGUACAAGGUGACUACAGGGAGGAAACUACAGCUGGUGGUAAAAACCGAUUCUUACUAUAAUGUGAGAGAGUUCAGUGAUGAAUUUGUUAACCGUUCUUCAGUUAAAUCUGACAUGACUAACAAUCAUCUGACCAUAAAUAAAACAUCAUGGGAAGAUGUUGGAACAUACUUCUGUGGAGUCUUACACAUAAGUGAGGUUCAGUUUGGGUCAGGAACAUUUCUGAUGUUGACAGGUGCAAAGACAAUCAGCGAUUCUGUCGUCCAGCAGCCAGAAUCAAAGUCAGUGAGGUCCGGAGACUCUGUGACUCUCAGCUGUUCUCUUCACUCUGCUCAAUGCACAGCAGAACUCACUAGUUUCAUGUGGCUGAAAAACUCGGAUCAUUCUGCUCCAGAGAUGAUUUAUUGCUCUGACAAUAAGAACAACAUCUCCCAGAGAACUGACAGAGGACGAACUACCUGCGUGUACAACUUUGUCAUCAGGAGCCGGGAUGACGCUGGGGUCUACUACUGUGCCGUCAAUGCAUGUGGACAAAUACUGCUUGGAAAUGGGACCAAGAUUGGUAUUAAUUAUGAGAUCAAUGAUCACAAGAGUUUUUGCGUCUGUGAGAGAACCCUGUUUUGCACCAUCAUCAUCAUCGUUAUGGGUGUUUAUCUGGCUUUCGCUGUGUUCAUGAUCAAGUUUCACUCAGGACUUUCACCUCUGUCCAAGGUUCGAGGUGAAGAAAACCUCAAAAUCAAGAGAUCAAAUGAACAGAGAGAUGGUAUCUGGAGUGAAUGUGUGUACUCCAGGGUGAAGCUACACUGAACUAAAGCCGUUCCGACUUUGAUGCCACAUGUCUAGACAUGAACUUAUUACUGUAGCUUUGAAAUGUUUAGGCUGUUCUCUAGCUCUUUCUAACAUUAUCCUGCUCGAUCGGUUUAAAGCCUGCUCUUUUUUUUCGUUUUGUUUUUUGUUCCAAGUAUAAAGUUUCUUUUUAACCAACUUUACUUAUAUUUUAUAUUUUGUAAGACAGAGGCAUGUGAAAUGAAAGCUCACAUGCUGAUGUAAUUUUUUGCUCGCUUUCUCUCUCUCUCUCUUUCUAUCAUUUCUAUAUGAUAGUUUUUUUUAUCAUUAACACAUAUCAUGCCUUUAAAAAAGCAUUUUCA